AAGAAAAACGAUAUGUGGUGGGGAUGACUCUCCAAUGACCUUGAGCGGGUCAGUUGAUUUUGUUCCCACUAUAAGGACUCAAAAGAAUUUAUAGCAAAUCGAAAAGUCGAUUUAAAUGAAUCGCACUAUACAUGUAUACUUCGUUGUCAGGUGACGUUACGUAUCGGCGGAUAAUUUCAUUCGUUUUGUGAAUGUGAACGUUCUUCUCGAACGAAUGGACAUAAAAAUUAACUGAUAUUUUCGUCGUCGUUUACGACAAUAAAAUUGUAAUCGGUGUUUAAAAUCGUGCGUAGUUGAAAAUUAGCGAUUAUGCGUACCGACGGAGGUCCAACUGCGAUCCGUGUGUCCUGUUCUUUGAAUAUGAGUGAUUUACAAAGUCAGAACAGUUUCGAUUUUGUACCAAAGUCUGAUUAUAACGAGAAAUGGCAUCUGGAAAAUAAAUGUUUUUUUCAUAAUCAACAAUUUCUAGAUGGUAGUAAAUGUGAUAUGGAAAAUAGCUAUGUGAAAGAUCAAUCGCCGUGCAAUGCUUAUCCACAUUCGGACGAGAAAUUCAAAUUUAAAACGGAUGGGAAUGCUUUAAGCCAGAUAUCAGGCGAUUGGAAAUACGACGAGUUGAUCGAUCAUACCUUGUCGGAUAACAUCAUCCAUGAGGCCGUUAUCCCCGAUUGGAAAUGGAAAACUCCUUACAGCGUUUCGGAUCUGGAUCGAUCGAAUCAGUGGAAAGACGGUGAUUUCGCUUCAGGGAAUGAUAUUUCAACGAGUUUGUUGCCGAAUCCGUGCAAUAAAAUAGAAAGCUGUUACGAGGAUUCUGCUAUAAUCGACACGAAAACGAACUACUUGCACAAUUUCCGAGAGUACCUGGUUAAUUAUCAAGAAUCGUGCGGCGUUCCACGAACAGAAUAUUCUUUUUCGGCUCUGAUCAGGAUAAUGGGUCAAGCGACUGGUCGAUCUCUCCUCGCUCUAUUAUACGUGAUGUUGAACGUCAUACCUGUUGCUGAGGUGUUCCUGUACAUAUUGCGGUUCAUUCUGGACAAAAUUAUCAGCAUAAGGAACAGCAAGGACUUACGUCAGACGAUAAUUCGAUGCAUCGUGUUUACAACUGAAUUGUUCAGUAUAUACAUCUGUUUAAUAUUUAUAUUUGGAUUUAUCGUCUUACCCAUUAUGCAAAUGGUAAUUAGCAUAACUGCAAAGAUCAUGCUAUAGAAUUAAUGCCAAUCAUCUUGUUUUUCAAAGUCAUUCAGAAAAAAAUAUUGUAUUGAUUUUUACUUUCGUUAACAUUGUGCGAAGGUCCGAUGU